AUGGGUUCCCUCGAUCAUCAAAUGCCGCCCACACAAGAUGAUUUUGCGUCGUAUGAGGGCUAUUCAAUCCCUGAUACCCCCAUGGGUACCGCGCGAUACCUGAAGAUCAUCUGCAUCGGUGCUGGUGCGUCCGGUCUCAAUUUAGCCUUCCAGAUCCGUAAGAACAUGCGCAAUGUAGACUUUGUUAUAUUUGAAAAAAACGAAGAUGUGGGUGGUACAUGGUACGAGAAUCGAUAUCCUGGGUGUGCCUGCGAUAUUCCGGCGCACAACUACCAGUUCUCAUGGGCUGCAAAUCCGAACUGGAGUGAAUUCUACGCUAAGUCGUCAGAAAUUCUCGAAUACUUGAGAGCUACGUCGUACAAAUACGACCUUCGACGGUACAUUCGGUUCCAAAACCGGAUUUUAGAUUGCACUUGGGAUGAAGAAAGCGGCAUGUGGAAUCUCCAUAUUCAAGAUGAAACUUCUGGGCAAGUCAUCACAGAGUCAUGCCACUUUCUGUUCAAUGGCGGGGGCUAUCUAAAUCACUGGAAAUGGCCUAGUAUUGCAGGUCUUGACACCUUUGGAGGCGAUCUCGUGCACACAGCAAACUGGAAAGAAGGUAUUGAUCUUCGAGGCAAAAGAGUCGGUGUCAUUGGUAAUGGCUCUUCUGGAAUGCAGGUUCUUCCUGCUAUAUACCCAGAUGUCGAAAGUCUCGUUUCAUUUUCAAGGAGCCCAACUUGGGUGACACCGACAUUUGCGAGUGAAUUUGCAGGCCCAAACGGAGCGAAUUUUGGCUACAGCGAAGAACAAAAACGACAAUUCUCGGAGGACCCAGAAAAGUUUUUGGAAUAUCGAAAGGCCCUCGAAAAGACAAUGACUGGAAAUUUCAAGCUCAAUCUCAAAGACUCGGAAAUGCAAAAAGAAACACAACAAUUUUUGAAGGAUUAUAUGAAAGGGGUGUUAAGGGAAGAUAGGCUAAUCAAACCCUUGAUUCCAGAGUUUGGCGUCGGCUGCAGGCGUCCUACGCCAGGGCUAGGAUAUCUUGAGACAUUGACAAAGCCUAAUGUCCGCUUGGUCACAGAUGCGAUUUCGGAAAUUGUCCCACAGGGAAUCAAGCUUGAAACAGGAGAAAUCAUUGAGCUGGAUGUCAUAGUCUGUGCGACUGGCUUUGAUUAUUCCUGGAUCCCGCGGUUUCCAGUGACAGGGCGCAAUAACGUGACCCUAAGUUCGCUUUGGAAGGACCGUCCUACAGCAUACUUUGGACUGGCCGUCGCCGAACUCCCCAAUUACUUUGUGUUCCUUGGACCCAGUUCCGCACUUUCGCACGGGUCAGCCAUACCCACCAUAGAGGCAGUCACAAAGUACAUGCUCCGUAUCGUCUGGAAGGCACAAACAGAAACAUAUAAAGCUGUUGUGCCUUCGACGGAAGCAGUAAAUGACUUCAUUCUUCACAAUGACACAUUCCACCAGAGAACUAUCUGGGGAACAAAGUGUCGAUCAUGGCUGAAGGGUGGCAAAGAGGAUGGCAAGGUCUUGACUCACCCAGGGAGCCGUGUUCAGAACAUCCACUGUCUGCUCAAUCCGCGCUUCGAAGAUUGGACCUGGACACCGCUUGCUAAGAACCGCUUUGCCUUUAUGGGUAAUGGCAUGACAGUCCUUGAAGAGGAUGGAAGAGAUGUUACGUGGUAUAUCAAUGACUCAAAUACCGGUUACGAAGGGAUUUUCUAUUAG